GUCCUGGUGACCAUGGAUACCUGUACAAGUAGGUCUGCUGAAGUCAUCCAAGGUCAAUCACCUCUACAAACACUUCGCGGUGGUUGUGAUCAGCGCCGAAACGUCGAGGAUUAAAUCAUAUUGUUACUGCAUGACAUCACUUGGGUUCUCGGUUCAUUUCUGCUUCAUCGCUCUACAUCUUCCGAACAAAGCAUUCUGACUAUCAUCACCAGAGGUAACGAGGAUAUCCGACUCUGAACAGCUCCGUCUGUCACCAGGGAUGAUCUAACAACCUUCUUCGGCCAUGGAAUGUCCAAGGAUGGGUUCACCAUUAACCAUUUUCCUCGCAAGAGCCUCGACAUCAUGACUCGACUCCAUGAUCCGCUCAGUCAAGCUGGACUCUUUCACCGCACCAGUCACGCCUCUCGGAUUUCAUUUACCACAUCAUCAACAUUUCUCGAAAGGUUGGUGGACGUUUUGUCGUGACGUGAGUGUUUGACACACCAAUACCGAGGUGUGCGAAGGCUCGGAGGCAGACAAGGAACGUUGCGCCAGUGUCAUUACAGGACGCAAUGCAUGUAGAAUGAACACAUGGAUCUCUGAUCAUUACAAUGAUAUCCCCUGUACUCGGCGUCGUGCAUUAUAUCAACGGUCUUUCCCGUCCGUUGUGGUCGACCAGGCUGAACGUUCACACUUGUCGGUACUUAUACCAACGUGUAUACUUACCCUCGCAAUUACGACGCCUCGCCAUCCUUGAACCAUUCAGUACAUUCUCAACGAGCACAAGAAUCCAUUCCUCACGCCCUACAGUCAUGGACGCCAUCAGGUCCACGAUCGCCGAGAACAUGGGUGGCAUUGCCCACAAGCUCGCCGACCCCAAGGACCAGUUCGACAUCGACAAAGACGUCCCCGACCAGUCGGGCAAAGUUGCCCUGAUCACCGGCGGCAGCGAGGGGAUCGGGUACGCGACGGCCUACACACUCCUCAAAGCCAACAUCUCCAAAGUCUUUAUCGUGUCCAUGUCGGAAGACGUGAUCGAUGAGGCAGUCGACAAGGUCAAGACGAACUUGGGUUCGGAAUACUCUUCCAAAAUCACCUGGAUCCAGUGCGACAUGUCGGACGUGGUCGCCGUGGCCCGGCUGGCCAAGCAAAUCCGCGACCAGACCGACCGACUUGACGUUCUCUGUCUCAACGCCGCACGGGGGAUCAUGACGUACCAGCUGACCGACUCGGGCAUCGACAGGCACAUGGCCAUCAACCACAUCGCCCACGUCGCACUGACCUCGCACCUUUUGCCCUUGCUCAAGCAGACGGCGAGGGGCAAGGACGGCGACAACAUCGUGCGGAUCCAGAUCCAAGCGUCCAACGCCCACCAGGCGGCACCCGAGGACACCAAGUUCGCCUCGCUCGACGAACUCAACACCGACCUCGGCCCUCAGGCCCAGUACGGCCGGUCCAAACUCGCGGGCAUCCUGUAUGCGCGGUACCUCGACGCCCACCUGCACAAGGAGAACCCCAACAUCCUCGUCAACGCGACGCACCCGGGGUUCGUGGAGACCAAAAUGUCGGUCGACGACAUCCACGAGCCGUACCCCACGGCCGGGUACGCCAUGUCGGCAGCCAUGAAACCCAUCAAGAAGGACAUCUGGAUGGGCUGCGUGAGCACGGUGUACGCGGCGACCGCGACGACCAAGUCCGGGGAGUACGUCUGUCCGCCCGCCAUCGCCGAGCCGGGCACUGAGUUGGCCCAGGACGCGGAGUUGGGCGAGCAGUUGAUGAAGCUGACGAGGGAGAUUGUGAGGGAAAAGUUUGGCGGUGAGAGUGUCGAAAAGGGGUGUCCUUUGAAGGAUUAUUAAGUACCUGGUAACAUCUUCCCGACAUCGUACGAGAAUCAACCUAGGUAGGUAAACUUCUGCUCUUUCUCUCUCUGUAGGUAUCAAGAGUGCGGAGGAAAUGAAGUGAACUUUUUGAAUCUGAUUAGAAUUGCAUACUUUGCAGAAAAUAUCC